CAGCUUGCGAGUUGCGGCGGAGUGGAGACCAUUCCGCCUUCUACAGUUCUACUGUUGCCGCUUACUUCCGCGCACCGCACACGUUCGACGAAACGCCGCCGCGCGCUCUCCCUCCCCACCGCGUCCACUGAGAUUCGCCUCGCCUCGCCUCGGACCUCCUCCGAUUCCUUCCCCCACUCCCGCUCCCAUCUCGCGGGCCCCGUCGAGAUCGGCGUCGUCCCCCGCCGGAGCCCGGUUGGAUCCUCCGCUCCCUCCGGCCGCCCGCCUUGAUGGUCCGGGGGCCGAGGAGGCGGCGGCGGCGGAGUAGUAGGUAGUUCCCGCGGCGAUGAGCAGGCUGGCGACGGGGCUCCACCGGCUUCGGAGGUCGUCGUCGUCGCCGUGGGAGGUGCUGUGGUCCGCGCUCGCGUCAUGCGGCCUCGUGAUCUUCUCGCAGCUCGCCGUGGCGAUGGUGCCGCGGCUAUUCCCCUCCCUCUCGCUCCUCGCCAUGCUCCCCAUCGCGGGCCUGGUGUUCCUCGCGGCUAUCGUGCUGGGCCGGCUGUGGAGGAGGUUCAUCGGGGUGGCGGCGUCGGCGCCGCUCUUCGUGCUCUUCAACAUCCUCCUCUUGUGGGGCGUCUACGUCUUCGUCAUCAGGAGAGACACUUCUUCUCUGCUGGACAUGCUACUAAAUGCGGAAUGUGCACUGCUUCUGUGGGGCCUUUACAGAAUUUUAUCUGGUGAUCCUGGUAUUGUUGCUUGUGAUUCGUCAUAUUUAGAGGAAGCUGGCUGCAAGGAUUUUGUGGAAGCUAUUUACCCGAGUGAGAAGCUCCCAAUGCUCUCUCGUGUCAGGCAGUGUAACUGGUGCAAAGCAACCAUUAGGGGCUAUGACCAUCAUUGCCCUGCGUUUGGUACUUGCAUAGGACAGAAGAAUCAUCGGCUGUUUAUGGCCCUUUUGACAGGAUUUGUUGUUGCUGAAUCAACAUAUACAAUGUGCUCAACAAAAUAUAUUACCAGAUGCAUUAAUUCAGGAACUCUAAGAUCGGAGAAUCCUGUAUCUCUAAACCUGGUAAUCAGUACGAUGCUCUUCUCUAUCCUCCAGGUGGUCUGGCAGGUUGUGUUCUUGAUGUGGCACAUAUAUUGCAUCUGCUUCAACAUCAAGACAGAUGAGUGGGUAAUUUCAAAUUUCCCAUGCUUUGGACUCUUUCUUCAUCAAUUGCAGGUCGUCUUCUCGUUAGCUGUUUCUUGUAGCUAAAAGAUUUGGAAGUCAAAUUUGUAAAUCCGUAUGACAAAGGCAUGCUCUGUAACAUUAGAGAAUUUCUGACGCCGAAAUGAUUGAAAGCGAAAGCCCAUUUUGAAGAUCUGACCUGAUGGAACUGAAACAUGGGGAUCGGGAAUCGGGAGUGGGUCAACUGUGACAACAUGACCCAGAAUUCUGGAAGCCUGCUUUCAUUGUUACUGCUGUAGCAUUUAUUGUCAUUCGUUGUUGUGAUCAUCAUUUGGACUCUGCUGUCUAAUUUAACAUGCAAAAAAUCAGCAUUUUUUGAAAAGUUGCUGUCACUGGGCGUGAAGUUGUAGGCAACACUCCUUGUAGCUCUAGAAAAUUGCAAGAAUGCAUGAAAAAUUUCAGAGAGGACCUAGUUAUGUAUACUCGCUCCAUCCCAAAAUGAAUGCAAUUCAAGCUAUUUACCUAGACA